CCAGCUUUUUGUCUUCGCUCGGAUGGAGGACGCUGUGGGCGUGGUGAUGUGUCGGACCUGCAGUCUGAGCCCUGGCGGCAUCAUCGAAAAAACACUGGGGGCCAAGACACUCGAGCUAGAACCUAUCGCUGAGCAAGCGUUGAGGAUGACUUCGAAUAUGCUAGCCUUUAUAAGCGUCACGCAAAGCUGGAAGAGCUGGAUACAACCUAACAAUCUCGACGCGUACACAGGAUUUCUGACCAUGCCUAGCUUGUUUAUUGCUGCGCUGCAGUGGAAGACGGGCGCGAAGACAGUGUGACCUAGAGCAUCCGGCACUGCCACUGGAUACGAGACAGGUUAUCGAUAAGAGUGCAUCGGAGCUACACAACGUGGUGAAGCUGGGGAAGCAGGGUAAGGGACUGCAUAUGCGGUUGUGGUU